CCUCCAAGGCUUUGGGAUUCAUGCUUCACUAUGCAUGAACUUUUCUCAAUAUUACUCAUGACUUGUCUCAUACCCUUCAUGGUUUUUGGACUUUUUUUGGGAUCUCCAUUCUAUCAUAUUGGGUUACCAUCACUUGUAAUCCAUGGUUCGAUAGACAUAUCUCAUACCCUUCAUGGUAUUUUGGACUUUUCUCUCUAGGUAAUCCUUUCGUCAAAGGAUAAGCUAGAUUCUGUUAGGAUCUUACAUGAUCCAUCCUCAUUGCUUUUAUCGUUAGGAGUUCUCUUACAGUACUAUGCUGACGACUAAUUUGUCGUCUCUCUUCAUUCUAGAAUAGAUUCCCUUCUUUUGCGAUAGCUGCUAAGCUAUCACAACAAAUCAACUACUGGAGGGAUCGGUCUUCCCCAUAAAGAAAUCACUAGUAAAUACUUGAUCUACUUGUGAAGAAAUUACGAAUGGAUCAUUGUGGUCUUUUUGUUCACACUGAUCCGUUGGUUGCCUCUUUUCCAAAGCCUUUUAAAUUUUUCACAUUCUGGAGGCAGCAUCCUCAGUAUCAGAGUUUGUUGGAGGGUGCUUGGCAAACUGAAGUUAAGGGAGUUCCAUAUUUCCAAUUGUAUCAGAGGUUGAAAGAACUAAAGCUCAAGCUGAAGGGUUUAAAUAGAUCUCAGUAUUAUGAGAUUUCUUCACGGGUAAAGGAGGCUGAAACUAAGCUUGAGGCUUUGCAGCAAGAUAUGUUAGAUGAUCCUACUACUCAGCACUCUAAUGCAGUUUUGGAACAUGAGAAGGUUUGUAGAGACUUGCAGAAGGUUGAAGAGCAGUUUUACAGAUAGAAAUCAAGAAUUAGAAGAAUUAUUGAAAGGGGCUCUAAUACUAAAUAUUUUCAUAGUAUGGUUAAAGUAAGAAACCAUAGAGAGAUUAUUCAAAAGUUGAUUACUGAUGAGGGACUUGUUCUUACUGAGGUAAAGGCUAUGGGUCAACUGGCUGUUGAGUUUUACAAGGGCUUGUUAGGUAGAGCAGACCCUCUGGUUCAGGACACUCCACUAUCCUUUUUUGAGGAUAUGCUCUGACACAAGCUUGAAGAGGGUGAUGUUUACAUGUUGAAUUCUUCUGUUACAAGAGAAGAAAUUAAAGCAGUUUUCAUGGCUAUGGGUAAUGAUAAGGCACCAGGACCAGAUGGAUACACAGCUGAAUUUUUUAAACUGUACUGGAAUGUUGUCGGCAGAGCUGUUGAAGACACUGUGUUGGAUUUCUUCAAGACUUGUGUCAUGCCUCAAUAGGUAAACUCAACUAUUAUAGCUCUCAUUCCUAAGCUAGCAGUGGUGGAUAGAAUGCAAAAUUUUAGGCCAAUUUCGUUUUGCAAUGUUGUUUAUAAAGGAAUCUCAAAACUGUUGGCAAAUAGGCUUUCCCUAGUGUUACCAAAACUCAUUGGGGCUAGUCAAUCUGCAUUUGUUAGAGGGAGACUUAUUAGUGACAACAUACUCAUGGCAACAAAAUUGGUUAAAGAUUAUCACAAGGCCACUGUUUCAUCUAUAUGUGUUCUGAAGAUUGAUUUGAUGAAAGCAUUUGAUUCUGUGGAUUGGAAGUUCCUGUUGAAGGUUAUGAUGGCUAUGAAUAUUUCAUUGAAUUUCAUCAAACUGGUUGAAGCUUGUGUCACAACUCCUAUGCUGAGUGUGGCUUUUAAUGGUGGACUUUGCAGUUAUUUCCCAGCAGGCAAAGGGUUAAGGCGAGGGGAUCCUCUCUCCCCCUACCUGUUUACUAUUGCCAUGGAGGUCUUUUCUUGUAUGUUAGCUAGGUAUGUGUCUCAAGAUUGCAUUCCUUAUCAUCCACGAUGUAAAGGUCUUGGAAUCACUCAUCUCUGCUUUGCGGAUGAUCUCCUGGUGUUUUCCAAUGGUUCAAUUAGGGCAGUUGCUGGGAUUAAGAGGUUGCUUGACAGGUUUUAUCAUGUUUCAGGGCUGAAAUGCAAUAUGGCCAAGUGCUAAUUAUUCUGUGCGGGAAUUUCAGAGGAAGAGCAGAAGUGGAUUUCAGAUUUCACAGGAUUCCCUUUGGAAGAAUUACCAGUAAGAUACUUAGGAGUGCCUCUUUUAUCUGGGAGACUAUCAGCUCAGGACUGUAGCAUCUUGGUGAGUAAAAUAACUAAGAAGAUCACCACUUGGCAAGCCAAAAUUCUUAGCUAUGCUAGGAGAAUAUAGUUGAUAUCCUCUGUUAUCACUAGUGUGUUUCAAUACUGGAUGUCUGUCUUCCUGUUACCAUUGAGGGUCUUAAAGUCGGUUGAAGAUGUGUGCAACAAUUUUCUAUGGGGGGUUGGUUUGGAUGGGAGGAAAAAGGCACGUGUAUCCUGGUCAAGAGUUGCUUUACUAAAAACAGAAGGAGGGUUGUGGAUAAGGGACUUCAAGACAUGGAAUAAGGCUUGUGUUCUUAGGCAUCUAUGGAACUUGCUUGCUGAGGCAGGAUCUUUGUGGGUUGCCUGGAUCCAAAAAUAUAGAGCUAAAGGGCGAGACAUUGGGGAAAUACCUGCAAGCUCUGUCAGUUCGUGGGUGUGGAAGAAAAUACUCAAGUGCCGAGGGAUUGCUCAGUCCCAUAUCACUGGGGUAGGUAAUACUCGUGUUUGGGAUGGGAACUCAUUGAUUAAAUAUUCUGUUAAGUUGAUAUGGUCUUCAAUUCGUGCCCCAUCCUCUACUGUUGAGUGGUGUUCUAUUUUGUGGGGUAAGAAUUUUAUCCCAAAGCAUAGUCUGCUGGUAUGGUUGAUAAUUUUGUAUAGAAUUACAACGAAAGACAAGCUUGAAAGUUGGGAGUUAGCAGGUGAAAUUUGCUGUGUUCUGUGUCCUGGUGGGUCUGAAAGUCGAGAUCACCUAUUCUCUUUAUGUUCAUACAGCACUGAGAUUUUCUAGACAAUGUUAAGAAAAGUCUGCAGAUGGCCUUCUUUCCAGGACUGGUGUUCUCAGUUGCUCUGGGUGACGCAGAGAUGGUCAGGUACAAGUUCGAAAGCUAAGAUUGGCAGAUUGUUAUGGACGAGGUGUUGUGCAUAUAUUUGGCAUGAGAGAUGUACUCUCAUUUAUGGUGCAAGAAGAGUCUCAGAUCCUAUUCAAAUCUCAACUACAGUAGUGCAGGAGCUCCAAAUAUACUCAAGUAGCACAAUUGACUUGCAGAAGAUGGUCAUGGAAGUGCUGGGUUUAUACAGCCAUUUGUUUUGUUUUUUGGAAUUGUUUACUUGCUGGUAUAGGUUUCUUUUGAGUGUAAAGCGUUGACACUUUGAGGGGGAGGCUGCGAGUUGCACCUCCCAGGGCUUCAAUACAACUUUUGAUUAACCAUAAAAAAAAAUACGAAUGGAUCAUCAUUGAGAUUAUCUCCAGUAUGGAUAACUCUGGAAACAUUCAUCGAGGUAAACCAAACUCAUCUUGUUGCGUGCCUAAGUGAUGGUGAACAUCAGCCCAGUCGCAUUUAAACAAUACGACCCUAAAACUACCGUAGUAGUUCAAUUCAAUAAUGUCUGUCAAUCUACCGUAGUAAUUUACUUGUCCUACUUCAGUAACAUUAACAACACCAUUGUUUUGUGUUAAUAGGUCCUUCUCCCUUGACGUAGUAUGGAACCUAAGACCCUUGAUCGAGUAUCCUGAAAACCUUCCUAUAACACGGUUUGGACCUCUAGCAAGAACUUUAAUUUCUUCGGGGACACUUGGAUCAUCCUUAACCUAAAACAUAAUAGAACAGAUGUAUAAGUAAAAGUCCCCUUUUAAUUAUAGAACUUUUAAUUUACAUGGUAAUCUCAGAAGAACUUACUUCUGCCACCAAUUUUGGAACUUUUCAUUUACCAAUUUGUCAAUAUUUUCCCUGCUUAGGUGAGUAUGAUUACAUCGUUUCUUCUUCUCCAUGGAGAUGAAUUUUCUAGGUUACAAAACAAUAAUGAGAUCACUAGAACUUAUAUGACUAUACUUACUGUCGAAAGGUCUCAUCUCGUUGCAAUGUCGCAAAACAUAACGGUGUUCUUGCUGCCAUGAUCUUUCACCUAAGCGGUCAUCUUCAGCCGCUCCUAUAUGCUGCUCUCUAGAACAAAAUUUGUAAUCAAGGCUAUCAUCAUUUGCACAUGCAUCAGGAUUCCUUAUUGGCCUAUUGCAUCAUGUUUCGACUCCUUCUAGAUAGCGUGAAGCAAAUGUUGCACACUCAUCAGAUUUGUAUAUUCAGAAAUCGAUCCUUCAGGACGAGCUCGAUUAUGGACAAAUGACUUCAACCGCAUGAAGUACCUAGGGAAAAGAAAAGGGACAGUUAUAGCUAAGUAGCUAGGAAAAAUGAAGAGUAAAACAAAGACUACUAGCAACUACUGCAGAUAUAUGGGGCAAGCUAAAAAGGAAGCUUUUCUUGGUCUCAACCUAGGGGGGCUUUGUUUUUUGGCAGGCUGGAGGGCAGAAGAAUUAGAUUGGAUCUUAUAAUUUGGAUAGAAUAGAAAGGGAUAUAUAUAUAAUAUGCCAAUAGCAUCCAAACAAUGAUUCAACCGAGGAUUUUAUUCUUUUAACUAGUAACAACAGAUCAUAGGCAGCCUAAUUUAUAUAUCGAUUAACACAGAGAUUUCAAAAUGGAUACAAUGAUUAGCAGUUUGAUGGCAUACCUUUCUAAUGGGUACAUCCAUCUAGAAUGCACUAGUCCACCAAGUCUCACCUCAUCUACUAAGUGAACCAUCAUAUGUACCAUUGCUGUGAAGAAAGAUGGCAGAAAAGUCUUCUCCAAGUGGCAAAGAGUUAUGAUAAUCCAAUUUUGGAUAUUGUCAAGCUCAUUGACAUUUAAGACCUUUGAACACAAUGCUUUGAAGAAAGCAGCAAGCUCAACAACAAUGUAAGUCACUUCAUUAGAAGGACUACAUGCCCUUAUGGCCACCAGAAGGAUGUCCUCAAUCAAGAUGUGAAAGUCAUGACUCUUAAGGCCAUAAAAUUUACAAUUGUCG